AUGGGAGGAAGCUUGACGCAUUUUCUUAAAGAUCCAUUGCAGGAACUAGCAAACAGUGAAGAUGUGGAUGCUGUGACAUCAAAACCAGUAAUCCAGUUUCAAGGAAGCCAAGGGCACAUCGCAAUUCCAAGGCCUGAUCGACCUACAGAAGUGCGGACUUUCACAUUUUAUCUUUCAAAUAUUGGCAAGGACAGCCCCCAAGGGAGUUUUGACUGUAUCCAGCAGUAUGUAUCUAGCAAUGGCAAUAUCCAUUUGGAUUGCCUUGGAAGCAUACAGGAUAAAAUCACCGUGUGCGCUACUGAUGAUUCCUACCAGAAGGCAAGGCAAAGCAUGGCACAGGCAGAGGAGGAGACUCGCAGCCGGAGCGCUAUCGUCAUUAAACCGGGGGGCAGAUACGUAGGCAAAAAGGUUCAGGUGCGUAAACCUGCACCAGGAGCUUCCGAUGCUGUUCCCUCCAGGAAGCGCCCAACGCCAGUCAACCUUGCCAGUGCAAUAAAGAGAGGCAAUAGUGCGAUUUCUCAGAGACCCUUCAAAGAUAGGGUUGUGCACUUACUGGCACUAAAGCCUUAUAAGAAACCUGAACUUAUUCUCAGAUUGCAGAAGGAUGGACUUUCUCAGCAGGACAAGGAUUUGCUGGACAACCUUCUGCAACAGGUGGCAAAUUUGAGUGCCAAGGACAGCACUUUCACACUGAAAGAUUGCGUAUACAAAGAAGUGCAGAAGGACUGGCCUGGCUACUCUGAAGGAGAUCAGCAGUUGCUGAAGAGGAUACUUGUUCGGAAACUCUGUCAGCCACAGAACAGUAGCGGUUUUCAAGGAGAAGCGCCUUCCCUGAGUCCACCAAAAGACAAUGUGAACUCCAGCUCUCCUCCUCAGAAACGAUCCCAGCCUCUGGAGUUUAUCGAUCCCCUGGCCAACAAAAAGCCCAGGAUCUCACAUUUGGCUCAUAGAACUCAGCCCACUUUCAACGGGAAACUGAAUUCCUCCAACGGGAAGGAUGCCCCUGCCCCUGCCCCUGCCCUGCCGCCGGCUCUGCCGGAGUCGGUGAGCUCCAGCUCCAGCCUCCCGGUGCUGGAGCUGCCGAGGCCUCACGAUCCCCUUUCGGAUGUCAGCAAUGACCUGACUCACAACGGCAGAGACUGUGAGAACCCGGAGACGGCUGACAGACUGACUCAUCCUUUAUCAACAGACUGUCCCCAAACGAGCAAGCACAAUUGCAGCUCGUAUGUAAAAACCAAGAAAAAAUCCAAAAAGCACAAAGACAAGGAAAAGGAGAGAAAGGAGAAGAAAAAUGAAGAGAAAUGCAAAGAGGAGAAGCAGGACUGUGAAGUAAUAAAAAAUGCUGACUUAGUUAGUGUUCCCCAGGAACAGGUCACAGGUUUAAAUGGAACAUGCAAUAAUUCUAGCGUACCAACAUCAACUUCAGAAAUGCCAGAUUAUUUAUUAAAAUACGCAGCCAUUUCCUCUUCGGAGCAGCGUCAGAGUUACAAAAAUGACUUCAAUGCAGAAUACAACGAGUACAGAGACUUGCACGCUCGGAUAGAGAGGAUAACUCGACGGUUUACGCAGUUAGAUGCCAAGCUGAAGCAACUUUUGCAGGGCUCUGAAGAAUAUAAGACCAUCCACGAUCAAAUUUUACAGGAAUAUCGGAAAAUUAAAAAGACUAACCCCAAUUACAGCCAAGAGAAGAACCGCUGCGAAUACCUCCACAACAAACUGGCUCAUAUUAAAAAACUGAUAGCAGAGUAUGACCAACAGCAGUUUUAG